AUGAUGAGUGAUGCAAGUGACAUGUUGGCUGCGGCGCUGGAGCAGAUGGAUGGCAUUAUAGCAGGUUCUAAGGCCCUGGAGUAUUCCAAUGGGAUUUUUGAUUGCCAGUCCCCCACCUCCCCGUUCAUGGGAAGCUUGCGAGCCCUGCAUCUUGUGGAAGACCUGCGUGGACUGUUGGAGAUGAUGGAAGCAGAUGAGAAGGAAGGCUUGCGAUGUCAGAUCCCAGAUUCAACCGCAGAAACGCUCAUCGAGUGGCUUCAGAGUCAAAUGACAAAUGGACACCUACCUGGGAACGGAGAUGUGUAUCAAGAAAGGCUAGCGCGGUUAGAAAAUGAUAAAGAAUCCCUCGUCCUUCAGGUCAGUGUGUUGACAGACCAGGUGGAGGCGCAGGGAGAGAAGAUUCGAGAUUUGGAGUUUUGUCUUGAAGAGCACAGAGAGAAGUUGAAUGCCACGGAGGAGAUGCUGCAGCAGGAGCUUCUGAGUAGGACAUCCCUAGAAACUCAGAAGUUGGAUCUGAUGGCUGAGAUAUCUAACUUGAAGUUAAAACUGACGGCUGUCGAGAAGGACAGAUUGGAUUAUGAAGAUAGGUUCAGAGACACAGAGGGGCUGAUGCAGGAGAUCAAUGACUUGAGGUUAAGAAUCAGUGAAAUGGACAGUGAAAGGCUUCAGUAUGAAAAAAAACUGAAAUCAACCAAAGAUGAACUGGCAUCUUUAAAAGAACAACUGGAAGAGAAAGAAUCUGAAGUGAAAAGGCUACAAGAAAAAUUGUUUUGCAAGAUGAAAGGGGAAGGGAUAGAAAUUUUUGACCGAGAUAUUGAAGUACAAAAGAUGAAAAAGGCUGUGGAGUCAUUGAUGGCAGCAAAUGAAGAAAAGGAUCGGAAAAUAGAAGAUCUUCGACAGUGCCUGAACAGGUACAAGAAAAUGCAAGAUACAGUAUUACUGGCCCAAGGUAAAAAAGGCCAAGAGAGUGACUAUGACGACUUGCCCACUUCCAGUUCCAUCUCCACUUUGCUGGAAGCACCGGGUUUUGGGGAACUGGAGAAAGGUCUGUCAUCCACACCAGUGAUGGGGUCUCCCAGUCGUGACCCACUGAACACCAGUGUUCCCGAAGAGUUCCACAUCAGCGUCUUGCAGGUUUCAACCCCUUCAUUAUUACCAGCAUCCAAAGGCUUGGAAACUCCCGAGAAAGCAAAAUUGCCUAAGUGUGAGACUUCAUUUGAGGAAAAUGAUGGAAAAAGAACCCUUGGCGCUGCUGUUGAAACCCAAAUGUCUGAUAGCCUUUCAACUUCAAGUCUGCAGAAGUCUAGCAGCCUGGGCAAUCUGAAGAAGGAGUCAUCAGAUGGGGAAAAGGAGUCUGUUCAGAAGCCUCCAGAGGAUAAAGCUCCAGUAGAAAGCAGCCCAUUUGGGACCCUCCCGCCUAAACCUCCAGGGCACGAUGCCUGCAUGGAUGAGAACCCCUUUGGCACCCGAAAAGGCAGAUCUUCCUUCGGUCGUGGCUUCUUUAAGAUAAAAAGUAAUAAGAGGACAGCAAGUGCGCCGAACUUGGAUCGUAAACGAAGUGCCAGUGCACCCACCUUAGCCGAAACAGAAAAGGAGACAGCUGAGCACCUAGACCUGGCUGGUGUAUCUUCUCGGCCAAAAGAUUCACAAGGGAGCAGCCCCUUCCAGAUGUCCCCAUCAUCUCCAGAUUCCAAAAAGAAAUCCCGAGGCAUCAUGAAACUCUUUGGAAAACUUAGGAGAAGUCAGUCAACUACAUUCAACCCAGAUGACAUGUCUGAAACUGAAUUCAAACGAGGAGGGACGAGGGCAACUGCUGGACCCCGAUUGGGUUGGUCUCGAGAUUUGGGACAAUCUAAUAGUGACUUGGAUAUGCCAUUUGCCAAAUGGACCAAGGAGCAGGUUUGCAAUUGGCUUGUGGAACAGGGCUUGGGGUCCUACCUGAAUUCUGGCAAGCACUGGAUUGCAUCUGGCCAAACCCUUUUGCAGGCUUCCCAACAAGAUCUGGAGAAGGAACUUGGAAUCAAGCAUUCACUUCAUCGAAAGAAACUCCAGCUGGCAUUGCAAGCUCUGGGAUCUGAAGAGGAAACCAAUCACGGAAAGCUGGAUUUCAACUGGGUCACUAGAUGGUUGGAUGAUAUUGGCCUCCCCCAGUACAAGACCCAGUUUGAUGAAGGCCGGGUAGAUGGUCGAAUGCUCCACUACAUGACCAUCGAUGACUUGCUGUCUUUGAAGGUCGUGAGUGUGCUGCAUCAUCUCAGCAUCAAAAGGGCCAUCCAGGUCCUGAGGAUCAACAACUUUGAACCCAACUGUCUACGGAGGCGGCCGUCUGAUGAGAAUAGCAUCACCCCCUCAGAGGUGCAGCAGUGGACCAACCACCGGGUGAUGGAGUGGCUGCGUUCCGUGGACUUGGCAGAGUAUGCCCCCAAUCUCAGAGGCAGUGGUGUCCACGGUGGGCUCAUGGUUCUAGAACCCCGUUUUAAUGUGGAAACAAUGGCUCAGCUGUUGAACAUCCCGCCCAGUAAGACCCUCUUGAGAAGACAUUUGGCCACUCAUUUCAACCUCCUGAUUGGUGCUGAGGCCCAACACCAGAAACGUGAUGCCAUGGAGUUACCAGAUUAUGUACUUUUAACAGCCACUGCCAAAGUGAAGCCAAGGAAACUCACCUUCAGCAAUUUUGGGAAUCUGAGAAAGAAGAAACAGGAAGAUGGGGAAGAAUAUGUUUGUCCAAUGGAGUUGGGACAGGCAUCAGGAAGUGUAUCUAAGAAAGGACCCAAAGCUGGCCUGGACAUGCGCCUGUAUGACGAAGAUGACUUGGACCGGUUAGAGCAGAUGGAAGAUUCUGAAGGGACAGUGAGGCAGAUAGGUGCGUUCUCGGAAGGCAUCAACAACCUCACGCACAUGUUAAAGGAAGAUGACAUGUUUAAAGAUUUCGCUGCCCGGUCCCCCAGCACCAGCAUUACUGACGAAGACUCGAAUGUUUGA